AUGGCGGAGGCGGGAGGUUCUGCCGCCGCCCCGGCGACGCCAGACAUCGACCCCGACUUUGAGCCGCAGAGCCGGCCGCGCUCCUGUACCUGGCCACUGCCGCGGCCUGAGCUGCCGACGGAGCCUGGCGGCGCGGCUGGCGCGGCGGAGGAGGGUGCAGGCGGCGCGCCGGUGGGGCCCGGGCGGGCCGAGGGGGCGCGGGCGAGCGGCGCGGCGGCGCGAAAGGGAGGAUCCCGGCGCAACGCCUGGGGCAACCAGUCCUACGCCGAGCUGAUCAGCCAGGCCAUCGAGAGCGCCCCCGAGAAGCGGCUCACUCUGGCGCAGAUCUACGAGUGGAUGGUCCGUUCCGUCCCCUACUUCAAGGACAAAGGCGACAGCAACAGCUCCGCUGGCUGGAAGAACUCUAUUAGACAUAACCUGUCCCUGCACAGCAAGUUUAUUAAAGUCCACAAUGAAGCCACAGGGAAGAGCUCUUGGUGGAUGCUCAAUCCCGAGGGCGGUAAAAGUGGAAAAGCACCAAGGAGGAGAGCUGCCUCCAUGGACAACAGCAGCAAACUGGCGAAAGUCAGGGGGAAGGCAUCCAAAAAGAAGCCUCCUCUCCAGGCUGCUCCAGAAUCCACUGCUGACAGUCCCGGCUCCCAGUUUCCCAAGUGGCCUGGGAGCCCGUCCUCAAGGAGCAAUGAGGACUCUGAGGUGUGGAACACCUUCCGGCCCCGCACCAGCUCCAACGCCAGCACCAUCAGUGCCAGGCUUUCCCCUAUCCUGACUGAGCAGGAUGACCUCCACGACGAGGAGCUGCUUCCUUCUCUGGUCUACUCCAGUGCAUCCAGCAGCGUUCCACCAACUGUGACUGAGGAGCUCGAGCUCAUUGAUGGGUUAAAUUUGAUGUCUUCCAGCUCAUCUGUGUUAUCUACCCAACAAUCUGCCUCGGGUGGACCGAUCCAGAGAGAUUCCAGCUUUUCCUUGCGGCGCCCACGCGCAGCUGGUCAGAGCACUGCUUUUGGCAAUUCCCUCUUUAACCCUGUUGAUAUCUCGCUGCAAAGCUCUGUCAGCCAUUUCUCAGCACCUCAGACCUUGGAAGCUCUCCUGACCCCCAGCUCUCCACCUCCAAGGGAUGUUAUGAUGACUCAGGUGGAUCCGGUUCUCCCGCAGACUGGCAGCAGGAUGAGCAGCCGAACUCUGCUGCUUCUAGGUGGACAAACCACCCAGAGCAAGGUGAGCUCAAGCAGUCCACGAGGAAAGCCUGCAGAGCAGCAGGCAGAACCGGUUGGUGCCAUCAGUGUUUUGCCUUCAGCACUCCCCAUAGUGACGUCUCCUCAGAACACUGCCAGCAUCACCAGUUUGAAGGCUCCAGUUUCUGCAACAGCUGCCCAGUCGGUCCAGCUGUGCAGUCCUCUGCUUCUUUCUUCUGCUAGCCCUGCUCCCUUGGGAUUGAACCAGGACAGGUUCCCCAUUGACCUGGACAUUGACAUGUAUAUGGAGAAUCUUGAAUGUGAUAUGGAUUACAUAAUCAACAGUGAACUCAUGGAUGGAGAAGGACUGGACUUUAAUUUUGAACCCAUUCUGUCUACUCCCAGCUAUCCCAGCACCUCACAGGCCUCCAACCAUACCUGGGUACCAAGUUAACUUCAGGAGCACAAAAAGUGUCCUUCAGGUUUUGAACAUUGGGUUCUGACUUCACUUCCCACCCCUGACAGAGAAAAGCAUUGGAGCAUGUUGGAUUUACUUUCCCUGUACACCAUGCCUUGGGCAGAAGGGACUGCCCACCUGAGCAGAUGGAGCAACCUGCACCUGGCUGCAACAGGAGGGGAUUCAAAAUCAUCCUGUUCUGUGCCACAGCUCUUCCGACAGACCUGACCCUGCCUUGGAGCACCUGGGGAGAACGUGGGCUAUGCAUGGCCAGAGAGGGGCCCUGGUAAGAGCCUCAGCCAGAAGACUCUGUGCCAGGAAAUGGUGCUCUCCCAUGGGAAGAGUUGGGUUUCCUGCAGGAAUCUUUGGGUGGCUGUCCUCUCUCUGCUACAGCAGCAAGUCUCCCAGUGCCUCUGGGGCAAGCGCUUGGAUAUUUUCACAAAGCCAUCAGAUGUGCACUUGGUGUCCCACAGACUCAGAGGGACUAGAAGGAGCUUGGUGGAAGACCUGUGUGGAAAGGGUUUGCUGCUUCAGUGUGCCCAUCCCCUGAGCACCCAGCCUCGAUCUGCAUGGGAGGGGAUAGGAGUGGUGGAGAAGGCUUCCUCUUGUCCACCUGGAUGGAAGGGGAGGCUGCUGAGUUCUUCACUGUGCCAAUUGAGCCCCACUGAAUCAGAAGCAUGUUUUGAGAAGCCCCCAUGCUGUUCUCAGCACUUUCCCAAUACACCAGGCUGCUGUAAAAUAAGCACAGGUGCUAAUAGCUAUUUCUGGCACAGAAAAUCGUUUUCGGUUUGUUUCUGAUCAAUUUUGCUACAGGAGAGAAAUGGAGAAGCCUGGGUGUGGCCUUAACAGAGCCCUGGUUGCUUUUCAGAAGGGCAUUUUCUAUAGAUUAAAUAUUUUUUUACUAAUCUGGGAACUUUCUACAGUGAAUUGAAGCCAAUGUUAAGUGUGUCCCCAUUAGGUGUGGUAGGCAUCUCUCCUGAGGAGGAGGUACCAGUGGCAGAAUUCUUCUGCAGAGCUGUGUGAGGGACAAGUGAAUUUGCUGUUGGAUAAUGUCUGUGAUUGAGGGGAUUGAAUUUGCAGGUCCCCAUGGUUUCCAGCCACCUUCAGAAGAGUUGUAUGUUAUUGUAACCUAUCUGUAAAACUAGCUGCAAAUGACAUAGCUUUUUCUAAACCUUUUAAAAUAUAUAUUUUAAUUGAAAAUGAGAUUAUUGGAUUAAAAAAAAACAAACAAAACAAAACCCCCAAACAACAAACACCACCUUUGCUGCGUCUGUCCCCUGGAUACCACAUAACACUAGGAGAUGGGAGGGGACAGGCCUUGAGGCAUUUUGGGCCAAGAAGUUGAAAAUGUCAUUGGGAAAGGGGGAAGGCCACAGCAGUGCCACUGGGGAAGGAAGGACUGCUCUGGGCAGAAGUGGCAGGUCCCUGUGUGGUGGUGCCACAGCUGCUCAGUCCCUUCCUGGCCUGCGCACUCCCUUCUAGCCAAGAGUCUGACCUGAGGGAUCUUGCUGAGGUAUGGCUAGUGCUGGGAACUUGUAGCCUGUAGGCAGAGCCCUGGGGAUGCACCUGAGAUCCUGACCUCUCUGUUCUUGAAGGACAGAAGCUAGGAACCAGGAGCUUAGCUCAGAGCAUUAGCUAGUGUGUUCCAGUCACCUUUCUGGUGUUUCAGAGGCAGGAUCUGGCAGGCCUGGUACUUUCAUGGUGUUCUUGUAGGCUUCGUCUGGCAGGAAGCCUCUGCCAUGCUUCUGAAGGUGGCAGUGGCUUCUGUGGAAAAGGUUUGGAUCAUGCAGUGGAAUGCACCAUGCUGUUUUGUCACCUCCUCUGCUCUGCUUUCUUGGCUUUCAUUUCAUUUUUGAGUGGAGAUAUGGAACGGGAGUGGUUGGUCUGGUUACCUGCAACAAGGAGUCUUCAACAGUCUUUCCUUUGAUCUGCUCUGCCAUCAGAGCUUUGGAAUAGUUUGAUAACCUUUGCUUUGCAGGCUGCCUUCAUGGCAGACCUCAUAGUGAUAUGGUUAAGAUGUUACCUACGGUCUUCAUGUCUGGCCACACCUCAUUGUAACAAAAAGGCAAACCCUCAACAUCAGUGCGGGCUGGGGGUGAUGAGAUUGAGAGCAGCCCUGCAGAGAAGGCCUUGGGGGUUUUGGAUAGGAGAGAAGAUGAACAGGAGCCAGCAAUGGGCACUGGCAGCACAGAAGGCCAAUGGCAGCCUGGGCUGCAUCCAAAGCAGCAUGGCCAGAGAUGGAGAGAGAGGAUCCUGCCCCUCUGCUCUGCUCUGGGGAGACCUCACCUGCAGGGCUGUGUCCAGAUGUGGAGCCCCAACACAAGAGGGACAUGGAGCUGCUGGAGAGGUUCCAGAGGAGUCCACCAAUAUGAUCAGAGGGCUGGAGAACCUCUGCUGUGGGGACAAGAUGAAAGAGUUGUGGCUCUUCAGCCUGGAGGAUGAAGGCUCCAGGCAGACCUCAGAGCUGCAUGUCAAUAUCUGCAGGGGACCUCCAUGCAGGCUGGGGAGGGACUGUUCAGAAGUUCUGUGGGGACAGGACAAGGGACAAUGUUUUGAAAGUGGAGCAGGGCAGAGUUAGGUUGGACAUCAGGAGGGAGUUGUGCACAGUGAGGGUGGUGAGACACUGGAACAGGCUGCCCAGGGAGGUGGUUGAGGCUCCAUCCCUGGAGACAUUCAAGCUGAGCCUGGCUGUGUCCCUGUGCAGCCUGCUCUAGCUGGAGGUGUCCCUGCUGCCUGCAGGGGGUUGGACAAGAUGACCUUGGAGUAUCCCUUACAACCCAAUGCAAUCUGUGAAGCUGUGGUCCCAGGCCUUGCUGAAUGAGUGAUGUGCACAGCUCACUGCAGUUAGUUCAUUCCACAACUGGGCAGAUCCCCCUACCCACAAACACCUCAUGGUAUCUGCUACACAGCCAGCCCUCCUGGGGUGCAGCCAGUGACUCUGGUGGGAUGUAUGUUGUUUGGCAGAUGCCACCUUUCAGCUUGGACCCCAAGAGGAAAGGAAACCCGUGACCUCCAGAGCAAGCUAACCAUCUGCCAGUGCUCUGCAGCCAUGUCCCAAGGGACAGGACAGCAGCAUGUGGGCACAUUGUGUGGGAAUCCUGAGCCAUUCCUCAUAGAGACAGAGCCCAAAGCACUGAGAAGGACAAUGCUGGUUACCCAGUGCUCCAGACCUGCAGAUCCAUGGUGAGCUGCUGCUGACUGGGCUGGGCGGUGGGGCAGAAGUGCUGUCUUCAGCCUGUCCCAAGCUGUGCACUAGGUGUGACAGCACUGGGGCCCUGGCCUGAUGUCUGGCUGCAGGGAGCCUGGCCCUGAGCACUGGGUGGUGUUCAGCCUGUUCAGCUGAAGGACCUGCAGUCCAGAUGCACAGGCUCCUUGUGGUUGGUGCCCACCAGUGAGAGCUCCUAAGAGCGGAGCUCACACUGUCCUUUAUUAAGGAACAGGGCACUGACCUGGAGCUUUGUUGUUUUUUUUUCCCCCAUACUCUCAGGCCAGGCUUUUGGGGAAUCUCCUGUCCUGAGGACAGCGAUGGAGACAGAGGCAGCUCUGGCUGGAGUGCAGUGUGUUAACCUCUCUGUCUUGUGGCAACCCAUGCAGGUGCUCUCUGUCUCCUCUAUACAACAGACCUGGUUGUGGUUGAAAAGGCCCAAGACCACGCUGGUGCUGAGGGUGGUGUUCAGAAGACUAACAAUGCUCUGGGAGUGCUCAAUGAAGCACUGGUGCAGAGCUGCAGGCCCAGGCAGGCAGAUUGGCUUCUCUCUGGAUGUGCAGCAAGGUAGCUUCAAUCAUGGAGGCAGAGGUGCACAGUCUGGGAGUUCUUCAGCUCCUUCUCAGAUAACUUCCAUAGCCUAAAUCUUGAGCUUUGCUCCUCUGGAAUAUCUCCUGAUAGGACACCGGAGAUUUUUAAAGUUCCUCAGCUGCUGCUUGCUGCAAGGCUGUGCCUGGCAAGGGAUUGCUUUUGUAUUUUUGCCUAAAGUGUUUGCUACUGCCUGCUGCUGGAUCAGGAGAGUGUCUUGCUGGGUCUUCAUGCACCAGCAGCACUGCAGGCCCCACAGCAGUUUUUGCUCUAAUGAAGGUUUGGGCUGGGAUUUUUGAGAGCAGCUAUGAGCUGCUUAGGGAGAGAAGAGGCCGGUAAGGUGGACUGAUGCUUUUGGAUAAGUGGCUGAGGGGAGUGGGCAGGGGAGCCUCGGCAUGAAGUUUCCUCAUCCUGUGAGGACUGCAGGCAACCUGUGGCAAUGUAAAGCUCUCAUGCAGCCUUGUGCUGCUGAGAGUAACCAGACCCUUGGAUCCCAGCAGAAGGCAGACUCGCUGCUUCUACUUGCACCGGAGUUUAGCAAAUUGCUGGAGCCUUCUUUUUUGUAGCUUCAGCAUAAUUUACACUACUCCCAUCUUCCUGUGAGAGCCUGCAGCCCUUAAUUGUCCUCCUUGGAGUGUUAAAAACAUGUCAUCCUCUUCCCUGCACUGCUUUAGAAACAGCAGCUGAAUCAUCCUGGGAAGCGAGAGCAAUGAAGGCAGUGAGAUCUAUUCCAGAGCCUGGGAAUGCAGAGUGAGGUUCCUACUGAAGCAAGUAGCACUAAUCAGCUUUUCCAAAAGAAAUGCCCAGAAGGCUUUUAUAUAGAUCAUAACUUGUUACUUUUCUCACUUUGUUGUUUAUUUAUAGUCACAGUCAAAUGCUUCAGGGCUGGCCUUGCUCCAGGAACCUGAGUUUGGUUAGAGUGCCCUGGGAGUGGUGUCCUGGACUGUCACCAAAUAAAGUGCAAGUUUGGACCCACUGUCAGAAACCCCACCACAAAUCAAUCAGCUCUGGGACAUGAGCAAGAACAAGUAGAGCUUAGGAUUUGUCUCUGUGGCAUCAGCAGUUUGUUCCAAUUAAUGUGGGGAAAAAAGUGGGGACUCCUGAGGCCCCAAAGAUCUGACCCUGUGAAAGCUGAGUAGCCUGUGGGAACCCUGCUGCACAGCUGCUCCCCUUCACCAAAGGGAUCCCCUCUACAGUGGUCUUUGUCUCUUCCCCACACCCUGAUGUGUUUGUAGUCAAGGGACAGCAGUCUCUGUUGGAAUCCAAACUGCAUCUGACACGGUGGUGUUAAAGCAGGGAGAAGAGGCACUAGGAGCUGAAGGAGCUGCUGGUGGUGCAUUUAUGGUGCUCUGGCUAAGGCAGUGUUCUGGAGUGUGGUAGAAAGCUGUGUUCACAGCUGGGGCUGUGGUGCUCCCCAGGGUGUCUUGAGAGGUUUGGCUAAAUAGAAGAUAGGUCACUUCUGACAGGAGCCUUCUUCAUGAGGCAGGGGAGUGGUGCUGUGGGAUGAUGCUUCCAGCACAGCAGUCUCCAGGUGAUGCCAUCCAGCAAGGGUUUCUGCAUUGCUAGCACAGACGUCUGCUGCACACAGGGCAGGCACCACUAGCUGACAGUUUCCAGCCCAUGCCCUCUGCAGGCUUUCACCCAUUUCAACCAUUUUUUACAGAAUAAAUCUCUGCUUUUGCUGGCUCUGUAGCAGUGUAACUUCUGAAUCAUUGCAGGCUCUUUGUUACCAUCUGUGCUAGCAAGACUGUAGAAUGUACUAGACUGGGGGGGAAUGUUUGACAAA